UCUCUUUCUUAUCUGUAUUCCUCAACCCAAACCAAAACAAGCUUAAUCAACAACAAUCACUGCCAUGGAAGAACAAUUGAAACUAGUAGGAGGAGGAGCAAGAGGUGCUAUGGUGGCCAUGAUGCCUUCACCAGGAAUGGGCCACCUGAUUCCAAUGAUUGAGUUCGCCAAGCGACUCAUCCUCCACCACAACCUCCAAGUCACCUUCAUCAUCCCCACCGAAGCUCCACCGUCAAAAGCUCAAAUCACCGUCCUCCAAUCGCUUCCGAAUUCCAUUUCACACAUUUUCCUUCCUCCCGUCGACCUCACCGACCUCCCGCAAAACGCCAUGAUUGAAAUACGAAUCUCCCUCACCGUACUCCGCUCCCUUCCGUCCCUCCGCCACGCCUUCCGCCCCCUCUCCGCCACCGCACUCCUCGUCGACCUCUUCGGCACUGACGCCUUCGACGUCGCCAGAGAAUUCGGCGCCUCCCCUUACAUCUUCUUCCCUUCCACCGCCACCGCGCUCUCUCUCUUCCUCUACCUCCCUCGCUUGGACCGGGAGGUUCAUUGCGAGUUCAGAGAACUCGCCGAACCGGUCAAAAUCCCCGGCUCCGUCCCGAUCCACGGUUCAGACCUUCUCGACCCGGUUCAGGACCGGAAAAAUGAAGCCUACAAGUGGGUCCUCCACCACGCAACUCGAUACAGCCAAGCCGAUGGGAUCUUGGAAAACAGCUUCAUGGAGCUCGAACCGGGCGCAAUCAAGGAGCUACAAAAGGAAGAACCGGGAAAACCUCGGGUUUACCCGGUUGGGCCACUCGUGAAAGUGGACGGGGUUCAGGCCGGUUCAGGUCCCGGUUCAGAGUGUUUGAGUUGGUUAGACGAACAACCUCACGGGAGUGUGUUGUUUGUGUGUUUCGGAAGCGGUGGGACCCUCACGAGCGCGCAAAUCAACGAACUCGCUCUUGGUUUGGAAAUGAGUGAGCAACGGUUUUUAUGGGUUGUGAAGAGCCCAAAUGAUGGUGUUGCCAAUGCUUCUUAUUUCAGUGCUGAUAGCCAAGGUGACCCUUUUGCGUUUUUACCAAAAGGGUUCGUUGAGAGAACCAAAGGUAGAGGUUUUUUGGUUUCAUCUUGGGCCCCACAAACACAGGUUUUAGCUCAUGGUUCAACCGGUGGGUUCUUGACUCAUUGUGGUUGGAACUCUAUUCUUGAAAGUGUGGUCUAUGGGGUGCCUUUGGUGGCUUGGCCACUUUUUGCUGAGCAGAAGAUGAAUGCUGUUUUGCUAACACAGGAAAUUAAAGUGGCGUUGAGACCAAGAGUUGGUGAGGAUGGGUUGGUGGAGAAGCAUGAAAUUGCUAGUGUUGUCAAGUGUUUGAUGGAAGGUGAAGAAGGGAAGAAGCUUCGUUACCAGAUGAAGAAUAUGAAGGAGGCUGGUGCUAGAUCUCUAGGUGAAAAUGGGUCUUCAAGUAACCAUAUUUCCCAAUUAGCUCUCAAGUGGAGUAAGAAUAGCAAAGUUACGGUAACCAUGUAAAGUAGUGACUGGUUCGAGGGUCGUAAAUCAUAUUUCAUAAUCAGUCAUUUACUACUUACUUACUGUAAGCACUCGUCGAAAGAGAAAAAGGAUUAGUCUUUGUAAUUGAUCAAAAUCAUGUAAAGUAGUUUGUAAUAGAUUUGUAUUUAUGAGCUGCACUCAACUAAAUUAUCAUUUUGUUUUUUUUGUAAAAUAAGAGAAAUAAGUCUUGAAUUGUGAA